AUGGAGCGCGAGGCGCCGCAGCCGCAUCAGCUGCUGCUCCAUGGCGUCAGCCUCGACCUCCGCCUCGACACGGCCACGCACGAGCAGCGCGGCGCCCGGCGGCCACCUACUCCCGUGGCCCUCGACCAGGCCGGCAAGGAGGCCUUCUCCUGCAACUACUGCCACCGCAAGUUCUUCAGCUCUCAGGCGCUCGGCGGCCACCAGAACGCCCACAAGCUCGAGCGAACCCUCGCCAAGCGCAGCCGCGACGCCGACGCCACCGCAGCGGCAACCGCCACGCCUUCCUCUCACUGGCUCCACGGCGGUGGCAGGGAGCUCUGGGCGUACUCUGCUUCGGCCGCUGCCCCGGAUUCCACGACGAUGACGCCCAUGGUGGGCAUGGGCUGGGCUGGUACUGGCAGCACCACAGCGGCCGGCGGGGAGUCGGCGCCGGAGAUGGACUUGUCGCUCAAGCUCUGAGUCUGAGCGCUACAUUCCAGAGGCAAUAUCUAUGUGCACGCAUGCAUGCGCCUAGCUAGCUAGCGUGCCAACAAGUGGUGCUCAAUUCAUUGUUGCAUGCACCUGGCGAUUAAUUAAUUAAUUAUUCAGAUUAUAUGCAAUCGAUUGCUUCAGCUCAUCGAUCUAUAAAACACAGCCCUUUGAGUAUGUUAUUAUGUCUAACCUUAAUUAGAUUACUGAGUAUAUAAUACUAGAUCACACAAGUUGUAUCUUAAUUACAUGCACAUGCAUAGUUGGGUUGUCUCAUUUGCAUCAAUCAAUCUAACCAUGUAAUAGGGCAGUAAAGAACAACUUGUCCGAUAUAUACUCAAUGAUCAAGCAUAUGUAUGUGUACA